UACCCACCGGAGCAACGGUGGUUCACCGGAGUUCCCUACCGGCGACACUGUGCUUCGCUUCACGAGUCGACGCCAAUCAGUUGCGCGAUCAACUCGAACAGAUUCAGUCUGAGGCAUUAAACACUCGAGCUAAAGGUAUGACUGGGUGAAAUUUUUUAUUGGUAAACUACGGAUUACCGAUUAAUCACGAUUUUUACAACACUGAUCAUGAUGACGCGUGUUGAAUGCCAUUACCGAUGAAUCUGUUUAUCUCAGCUAAUAAAGCAAGACAGAGGUUAUUGAGGUUAUCCGAAACAGCAGAGAAGCUUAAAAGGCGAGCAGCCGUUAGUGUUCAAGCCGGGAAAGAAAACGAGGCUCGAGAUAUGUUAUUUCAAAAGAAGAAGGUUAUGCAAGCUUUAGAUAAUACGAAGAGUCGAAUCGAGUUGCUUGAUGAGCUAGCAGCAAAGCUUAUUGAGGCAAUAUCUCUUAAAGAAAGACAGCUUGUUACGACAGUUUCUUCAGAUCUUGAAAUCGAAAAAGAAGAUGAUGAAUCUCCGGUUAGGGUUAUGUCUCCGUCUUCCGAAAAUUCAGAAAAAGAUUCUCUGAAUAUGAAUGAUAAUCAGGAACCGCAAGAAAGAACCAAUGAGUUGUCCACAGAACACGAAACAGACGAUCUUGAAGGAUUUUUGGAAGACCAUGGCAUUGACAAAAACGAUGAUCUAAUAAGUAGUUUGACCGGCUUGACGUCUUUUGUUGACUUUUUAGACCGUGUUGAUGAACAGUUAAACAAAGUUGAAGCUGAAGUCUUCACGGUUAUGAAAUUUUCGAACUUGAUAUUGGAGAGUGAAGAAAGACCGACAAAUCCGAAGGUGCAACAAUUGAUGGAAAUUCUUGAUGCUGUUCAGCGCAUUAGAAAAAGAAUUAAGGAGAUCAAACAAAUAAAAGCGUUAAAGACGGUCAACUUGACCAACCCUUCCGACCCACCAGUUUCGCUAGACCUUUUCAUGAUGGUGAAUUCUGCUGAACAUUUGACUUAUGUAUGCUUUCAGAAUUGCUGUCAUGGUGCAUACAGAAGCAGAGAUGAGAUAAGGUUGUGACUGUUUUGGUGUAUUAGUUAUAAAGCCAUAUUUGUUCAAACUGGUGACCGGGUGUAGGCUCGAAGAAUUCUAUACGAUUCGAAUGCUUCUACUUGAACAAGCCUUAACUGUAUGUAUUAGUUGGCUUUGUCUCAUUGUAUCAUGUGUCUCGACUUUGAGUUGUUUAUAGUAUGGGUGCCCGUCGAAUCAGUUUUUUUAUGGAGAUCUUUUAAAAGUGUAUACUUUGGAUUCGAA